AUGGCUGACUCCAUCGCCGAUUCGACGGCCAAGCUCGACAUCACCGACGCGCCUACCGCGCCCGAUACUGCCCCUACGGUCGACAACGCCCCAAAGCUUCAGCUUGACGAGGAAACCGGUGAGUGGGUUUCCAAGGGAGAACUGAAGAAGAGACUGGCAAAACGCGCAAAAAAGGCGUCGAAGGACAAGAACAAGGAGGCAAGCAAUGCUGCCGCGCCGCCAAAGACUCAGCAGCCGAAGAAGGAAAAGGUCGAAGAUGUCCCAAUCGACACGGAUUCCAUGUUCAAACAGGGCUUCUUGAACGAUGUUUACAAGGAGCGUCCCGUGAAGCCAGUUAUUACCAGAUUCCCCCCCGAGCCAAACGGUCACCUACAUAUCGGUCAUGCCAAGGCAAUCGCCGUCAACUUUGGCUUUGCCAGAUAUCAUGGAGGAUAUACCUACUUACGUAUGGACGAUACAAAUCCUGAGAGCGAGGAGGAGGAGUACUUCACCUCGAUCGAAGAAACAGUCCGUUGGCUCGGCUUUGAACCGUACAAGAUCACCUAUUCAAGCGACCACUUCGAUACCCUAUACGCGCUCGCCGAGAAGCUGAUCGAGCAGGGAAACGCAUACGUGUGCCACUGCGACGACCAGGAGGUGAAGAAGCAGCGCGGUGGGGAGAAGGGAGCCAGCCCUCGUUACCGAUGCGAGCACGCCAACCAGUCUGUCGAGGAAAACCUCAAAAAGUUCAGGGCCAUGCGGGACGGCGAGUACAAGCCCAGGGAGGCUUUCCUGCGCAUGAAGCAGGACAUCAAUGACCCCAACCCCCAGAAUUGGGAUCUGGCGGCGUACCGAGUACUGAACAAACCUCACCACAGGACCGGUGAUAAGUGGGUCAUCUACCCCACGUACGAUUUUACCCACUGUUUGUGUGAUAGCUUCGAGAAGAUCACCCACUCGCUUUGUACAGUCGAGUUUUUCCUCAGCAGGACGUCGUACGAGUGGCUGAAUCAGAGGCUGGUUGAAUAUCAGCCUAUGCAGCGCGAAUAUGGCCGACUGAGCAUCGAGGGUUCCGUACUCAGCAAGCGCAAGCUGAAGGAGCUUGUCGAUAAGGGGAUCGUCAGAGGCUGGAACGAUCCCCGAUUACACACGCUCAUCGCUAUACGCCGAAAGGGCGUCCCACCGGGUGCCAUCCUGGAAUUCGUCAACGAGCUCGGCGUAACCACGACGAACAGCAUCAUCCAGAUGUCCCGCUUUGAGCAGACCAUUCGGCGCUACCUUGAACGAACAGUCCCGCGCUUGAUGCUGGUGUUGGACCCAGUUCCUGUGGUCCUGGAGUCAAGCGAGUUUGAGGGCACUGACCUCACCGUCCCCUUCUCACCCAAGAACCCGGCCAUGGGAGACCACAAGAUCAAAUUCUCGCAGACUGUGUACAUCGACCGCUCCGAUUUCCGUGAGGUCGACAGCAAGGACUACUUCCGCUUGGCCCCAGGCAAGACGGUGGGCUUGCUCCAGGCACCCUUCCCCAUUACCGCCACAAGCUUCACCAAGGAUGAGACCACCGGCCUUGUGACCGAGAUCAAGGCUGUCUUUGACCGUUCUGGCAAGAAGCCCAAGACCUUCAUCCAGUGGGUGCCUGCUGAGAGCGCUGGGUCCAAGAGAUGCGAGGCCCGCAUCUACAACUCCCUUUUCAAGUCCAAUAACCCAACCGGUGCCGAAGGUGGCUUCUUGUCCGAUCUUAAUCCCGAUAGUGAGAUCAUUUACCCGAACGCUCUGGUUGAGUCUGGCUUUGAUGAGGUCAGGAAACGCGCUCCUUGGCCCGAGGCUGCCGGCGAGGACAAGCUCGGCAAGGGCGGUCCCGAGUCUGUUCGGUUCCAGGGCAUGCGUGUUGGCUACUUUGCCAUGGACUCGGAUAGCACAGAUGACAAGAUUGUUCUGAACCGGAUUGUGUCGCUCAAGGAGGACAAGGAGAAGAGCUAA